UUGUAGUGAGGAGAUAGAGACGAGAGCCAACUGAGAGUUUUGCUUCUCUUUUCUACUUGUUAAUGGUGCAAAUGGAACCUAAAUGGCUGGUUUUGUUGGCAGUGAUUUUAAGUUUGUUUGCAGAAACUCAACAAGGAUUGACAUCCGGGUUUUACUCUUCUUCAUGCCCAAAGGCUGAGGCCAUAGUCAGGUCCACUGUUGAAACGCACUUCAAGCAGGAUCCUACAAUUGCAGCUGGUGUUCUUAGGCUUCAUUUCCAAGAUUGCUUUGUUCAGGGCUGCGACGCUUCGAUACUGAUAACUGAGGCUUCAGGUGAGACAGAUGCAUUGCCCAACGCAGGAUUAAGAGGAUUUGAUGUGAUAGAUGACGCCAAAACUCAACUGGAGGCCUUGUGCCCCGGGGUGGUAUCAUGUGCUGAUAUACUAGCACUAGCUGCUCGUGAUGCUGUUGGCUUGAGUGGUGGUCCAAGUUGGUCAGUGCCCACAGGAAGACGAGAUGAGACGAACGUAUCUUCAUCCCCGGAUACCUCUAAUUUCCCUGCUCCUAAUGAUUCUAUUCCUGUCCUAAGACAGAAGUUUGCUGAUAAAGGACUCAACACUCAUGACUUUGUAACACUAGUUGGGGCACACACCAUUGGGCAAACGAACUGUUCGGUCUUCCAAUACCGUCUCUACAACUUCACGACAAGGGGAAAUGCAGACCCAACAAUAAACCCAGCUUUCCUUGCUCAGCUGCAGGCCCUUUGUCCUGAAGGUGGCAAUGGCUCCACAAGGGUGGCGCUGGAUACAAAUAGCCAGACCAAAUUCGAUGUCAAUUUCUUCAAGAAUGUGCGGGAUGGGAACGGAGUCCUGGAGUCGGAUCAAAGGCUUUUUGGAGAUAGCGAAACUCGGAAGAUCGUUAGGAAUUAUGCUGGUAACGGAAGAGGCGUACUGGGUCUCAGAUUUUAUAUUGAGUUUCCAAAAGCCAUGAUUAAAAUGAGUAGCAUCGGGGUCAAGACUGGUACUCAAGGAGAGAUUCGAAAGACAUGCUCAAAGUCCAAUUAAUCCAUCAUAUAAAAUGAAAUAGAAUAAUAAAAGGUAAUAGUAUAUAGUAUAUACAUAUGAUGUAUCCAUAGGAGCCAUGACCAGGCCAAGGGGGAGCCCCGGCUCGCCCACUUCCAUAUAAUUACAAGCAUGCGAUCAUGGAUAUCCUUUUCCGCUUUCUAUUAAUAAAACUGGGUGCACUUUCCAAGUGUCCACUGCA